UGCUUGUUUAAAAUGUAUGUAAACAGAGAUCUGGUUUUCCAUUCGAAUUCAGAACUCAUACUCUGUAGAUGGGACAGAAAAGUAUUGGGAUAAAAGCAGUAAGUGUAUGAGGUUCUGCUUCUGCAGGAAAUUGAGGAUUAAAUGCCCAUUACACGUUGCUGUGCAGACAGCACUGCUCCACAGGUGUAGGGUUGGAUGCAACCUGAUAGGCGUGUUACAAAUGAUCAGGAGACGUCAGACUGCUGAAACACACCUGUUGGCCUCGAUUUCUACAGCGGUCAGGCUGCCAGAAUGAAUCGGAAGGUGCUGGAGAGCAGAGCGAGCAGUUAGACACUCCCAAUGCUCGUCUUCAAUGGAUAAGUGCGUGAUCAAAUUCAGUCACUGUGACAAAGAUAUUUUUUGUUUCUUCGUGCCAGAGGAAUGCCCCGAGUGUGGCACGAGCUUCAGUGGGAGAAGGCUGGAGGAGGCGCCCAUCAGCAUCCCCAACCCCUUCACCAACGGCCACAAAACCCCCUGCGCUUUCCUCAUCGCUCCGGCACAGGAAAACACGCUCAGAGAAUAUGAUGGUGGAUCAGAUCUGCAUACUGGAAUUACUGACACCAAUGGUGUUGUGUAUAACUACACUAAGUGUGGCGUGCGGAGAGACCGUGAGGGCUGGGAACACUGCAUCAGCAUCAUGUUAGUCCAGCCUGACAUGUACAAUCUCAUCAAUCAGUGGGAUCAGUACCUGGAGAAAUUCUCCUCAGCCCAGAUGUGGGAUCCACUCUGGCAAAGCUUCAAUGAGGAGAACCACAACUGCUACAGCUACACGCUGAUGUUUAUAAACUGUGUGCUGGCCAUGCAAUCCAAGCGAACGCUCAGCAAAGACGAGUUCACGCAGACUUUCAUUCUUCCACGCGUCAAAAGGGCUUCCAAGUACACCAUGCUGUGUCAGGAGAUAUCCCUGAACCACUUCUACAUUGUGGACAGUCCAAAGAGAGACUCACAGGAAGGACAGAAUGAUGAAGAUAAAGAUGGGAAGAGCAAGACUUAAUUUGAAUUUUGAAUGAAAUAAACACUUAUGCAGCUUCAUGCCAGUCAAAACUAUGACUUGGUGGAAUAUUGAUAUUGAAUCUGACCCAAAUCUUUCAAUAUCCUACUACUACUAAUCUAUAAUAUAGUAAUAUAAGUAUGUUCAAAGAUUCAUAUCAGAAACCUAUGUAUCUACUUGUCUGAAAUGAGUCAUGUGUACGCGAGAACACAUUAAUUCUACUUCUAUAAGGUACCAUAACACAAAAUCAAGCAAACUCCACAAUAAUCCGAGGAGCUUGCAGUUUCUCAAAAUGACUGCAGAUUUUCGCCAAGAUGCGUCGUGUGACGUCAUCACAAUGCACGUUCAGCCAAAAGGUCUCAUUUACCAACAAACCUCACUGCGAAAGACUGCAAAUCAAUUUUGUGCAAUUGCAAUUUCGCCAGCACCAAAAAUGUGCAAAUUUCAUCACGAUUUUUUUUUAAAAAUCCGCAGCAAAAUCGAGUAUUUCUGGCCGCAACGAUCACAGAUAAAAUCCUGCGACAUCCUGUAUGGAUUAAUAUUGGCUUGACUAUUCGACACUACAACGCUAACCAAUCCCACUAGCAAGCAAGAGAAUCUGCUACCACUGGCGUUUAUGGAUGUGGCGUGUCCACAAAGAAAUAAAAACCAUUCGAGUGUAUAAUUGAUGCAUAUUACAUGUGAAUUCUAAUAUUGUAAUAAAACAUGACAAAACCCAUGAAUGGAAGAUUUCUUGCAUUUUUAUGUCACAAACACAAUGAAUGGGAU